UACUAAUUUCAUGCUUUAAAAAAUUAACAAUCCAUGGAAAUUUGAAGAUCUUUCGACUGUCUGGUAAUUCAGAAACCGAGUCCAUGGCCGCAACAACCUCACCAAAAGUAGCGACCGGCUUGACCAGUUCACAAGCCACUUCAAGAAACAUCCUCGUCAAGUUUAAAACCCAGCAUCAACUUAGUGCACAACUCCAUCUGUUUGCAUAGAGGAAAAAACAAACUUGAAACAGAAUAAAAAGAGGUUUUUUGGGGGGAAUUCUUGAGUUUGUAGUAAAAUGGCUGAAGGGAAAUCAAUCAUGAUGGUCGCCAUGGACGAUAGUGCACAUAGUAUGUACGCCCUGGAAUGGACCCUUGAUCGCUUCUUUACUCCUUUUGGCUCUAACCAUCCUUUCCAGCUCCUUGUUGUCCACGCCCGACCCCUCCCCAUUUCUGUUCUUGGACUUGCCGGACCUGCAUCAGUGGAGGUUAUACCAAUAAUGGAGAUUGAUUUAAAGAAGGCAGCCACUAGGAUAACAGAGAAAGUGCAGGAGUUAUGCAAGAAGAAAUCAUUGAGUAAUGUGAAGGUGGAAGUAAUGGAAGGUGAUCCGAGAAAUGUGUUGUGUGAAGCUGUAGAGAAACACAAGGCAGCAAUCUUGAUAAUGGGAAGCCAUGGAUAUGGAGCUGUGAAGAGGGCUGUUUUGGGCAGCGUAAGUGACUACUGUGCUCACCAUGCUCACUGUUCUGUAAUGAUCGUGAAGAAGCCUAAGCACAGGGAUUGAGCUAGUCCCUGCCUUUAGUUUUCACUUUUGCCUAUAGAUUUUGAAGCAUCCUUCCAAUAAGUAAUGAUUAUCUGAUUUUCCGGUUUGCUAUUUCAAUUUCUUAGGGGAUUUAUGCAUUUGCUUCAAAAGUAAG